AUGAUUUCUCGACGUACAGAACUCCUAAAUAAAAAAGAUAAAUCUAAAGAAAUGAGGCAUGAAUUAAAGGAACUAUACAAAAAGACAAACAGAGCAAUUAGGCAAGAUUAUGAAAACCAUAGAAAAAUAAUCAUAGAAAGAAAUAUGGCAACAUUUAGAAGCUCAAAGAGAGCCUUUAAAGAACUGUCAUCGCACAAAAAGUGGAUACAGGGCCUAAAUGAUGGAAAAUAUGAAAUAAAAAACAGAGAAGACAUAAUAAAGCGCGCAACAGUAUUUUACUCAGAUCUCUACAGAAGACCAACCCAAGAAGGAGCUCAGAAGGUCGAACGACCCGAAACUAACAUUAUAAUAGAAUCUCAAUUAAAGGAAAACUCACUAGAUCCUAUAAACGAACACGAGAUAGCAAGACAUAUAAAGAGAUUAAAAUCUGAAAAGAGCCCUGGACCUGAUAAAAUAACUAACGAAGCCUUGAAACUUGGUGCACAUAUUCUGGUACCAUACCUGACAAAACUUUUUAACAUGAUAGUAGAACAAGAACAAAUACCGAAACAAUGGUGCAGAUUG